AGGGCGGAGCUUAGUAACUUUGCUCGCUUGUGGCUUUGCUCGCUUGUGGCUCUCGACGGUAGACGGACGACAGGACGGCGAUGACAAGCUUCAUAAGGAAAUCGUGAGCCCGUAUGAGGGUUCCAUUUCGAUCUUUUCAUUAGUGGGACGCCUCGAUUAGUCGGCCGGCAACAUGAUGCGCUUCCUGCUCCUCUUCAGUCGCCAGGGCAAGUUGCGCUUGCAGAGAUGGUACACUCCCAUGUCUGAUCGUGAGAAGAAGAAGAUCAUCAGGGACAUGACCACAGCCGUGUUGGCAAGGCAACCACGUACCUGUAAUUUCCUGCACUGGAAAGACCUGAAGAUCAUCUACAAAAGAUACGCAAGCUUGUAUUUCUGUUUGGCCAUCGAGCACCAGGAGAAUGAGCUGCUAGCUUUGGAGGUUAUUCAUCGCUACGUCGAGCUGCUGGACAGAUACUUUGGCAAUGUGUGCGAGCUCGACAUAAUCUUCAACUUUGAGAAGGCCUAUUUUAUCUUGGACGAGUUCCUCAUGGGAGGUGAGAUCCAGGAAACCUCCAAGCAGAUUGUGAACCGCUCCAUCGAAGCCUCAGACAUGUUGCAGGAGGAUGGCAGCAAUGAUUGGUAUGAGGUGGAGCUGUUUGGACCUUGAAUAUGGACAGACAGACGAUGGAGGAGUAUAUGAGCAAGCCGGCAUUUUGACACUGGAAAAAGGGGACAAAGUCAGCUCAGGACCUUAAUAUGCAAGCACAACAAUGACUUGCUUACAAGUCAUUUGUUUGUACCGCCGCAAAAGGGUGAGAAUAGUUCAUAGCUGUAGAGAACGCUAUUAAUAUAUUGCCAUUUAAAAUGUAUGAUUUGAGUCGAUUUCAUCAAAGCUAUUUCACAUUCCCAAAUGAAAUGUUGAUUGAUUUUUCAAUCUGUCUCACCUCAAA